UCUUAAGAUACACACACGCAACACAGCAGUGGUAGUGUACUGUAAGCUGUGUGUUACUUUCGCUGAUCUCUUUCUUUUGGAUGAAUAACUAACCAUGAAGGGCUAUAAUGAGCCCAGAUCAAGCUCAUCUUGCGCAGCCUGCAAGCUGCUGAAGCGACGCUGCAGCCCAAGCUGCAUAUUUGCACCGCACUUUCGAGCAGACGAACCCAAGAAGUUUGCCAAAGUCCACAAAGUAUUUGGAGCCAGCAAUGUGAGCAAAAUUCUCAAUGAAGUCCCUGAAGAGCACCGUGAGGACACCGUCAAUUCUUUAUCAUAUGAGGCCGAAGCCCGCCUUCGAGACCCGGUCUAUGGUUGUAUCGGUGCCAUCGUACUGCUGCAAAGGCGGAUGUUCCAGCUCCAGCACGACCUUGCCCUCGCCCGUGCUCGCUUGGCACACUACAAGGCCGGUAGUGUACGUACUAAUGUUACUGCUACUGCUACGGCUACUGCUACUGCUACUGCUACUAGUACUGAUGACAAUGGUUUGCUUGGUUUUGAUGAUCAUAAUAUUAAUAUUAUUCAUAUGAAUUUAUUAAAUAAUGGAUUAAUAAGUUCAGAUCAAUUUAGCCAAAUUGAUAGUGGGGUUUAUAAUACUACUGAUUUUGGUCAAGUCUCUGAUCUUCUUCCUUUAUAAUUAAUGUAAUUAAAUUUAAAUCUAAUGUAAAUCUAUUUCUCUCUUAA